CGUUAGGUGUAUAACAUUAAGAGUGAGCCACCAGUAUUGUGAGACAAAUACGGACAAGGUUGGAAGAUGUCGCGAUAUUCUCGGCCGCCGAAUUCUUCUUUAUUUGUGAGAAAUGUUCCUGAUGGAGCAAGAUCAGAAGAUCUUAGAAGCCUUUUUGGAAAAUAUGGACCUAUUUCGGAUGUGUAUGUUCCAUUGGACUACUAUACACGAAGACCACGUGGGUUUGCUUAUAUUCAGUUCGAAGAUGUACGGGAUGCUGAAGAUGCCAUGUAUGCACUGGAUAGAACAAGGUUUUUUGGAAGAGAGUUAGAGAUUGAGUUUGCUCAAGGUGAUCGAAAGACUCCAAAUGAAAUGAGAUCUAAAGAACGAACUCGUCGACCACGCUCUCCUUAUUACAGCAGUAGGUAUGAUGAUUACAGAGGUAGUCGUCGACGUUCUCGUAGUCGUUCACCGCGUUACAGAGAAUCAAGACACAGCCGUCACUCUUAUAGCCAUUCUAGGUCUCGUUCCAAGUCAAGAGACCGCCGAAGAAGAAGCUCAUCUCCUAGGAGAUCUCGGUCUUACUCAAGGUCCCCGUCACACUCCCCAAAACAUCACAGAGACAGUGAACAUGUUGACCUGGAAGUGCAAGAUAAUGAGAAUGAUGAACAUGUGAAAUAACAAGUGUCAAGGUUUGAAUGUCUUGUGAAUGUAUGUAUCACAGCUCUUUUUAGAGUGCAUUAGCUAUGAUUACACAGCUUAAUGUUGGGAUGUGUCAUUUGUCAACAUUUGUUUUACAACAUAUUAAAACCAACGUGUACUUUAUCUUUUA